AUGGAGCAGCUCGCGCGCACCCUCUCUCUACCUCGAUCUCAGGUGUACUACCUCACGGCCGAAGAGAUGCACUUCAAGAUCACGGUCACUCUCCGUGCAUCAACGGUGGAGAGGUGGAUCUGCGCCGUCAAGAUGGAUUUCCUCGAUGCCGCACCAAUCAAGUGUGUGGGCUUGGACUGCGAGUUCACCAACCCUCGCGAGGGUAGAUAUAAUCAGCGCGCCGCCGUUCUUCAACUCUCAGUGGCGACCGAGAAUUUGGACAAGACCAUCAGAUUCUGCGGCGUGGCUAUCGACAAAGAUAUGAAAAUGCUGCGUUCAUGUCGAAUUGAUAUUCUGUCUGCGUUCAACCUCCAAAAGAUAAUCCCGAACCCCACCAAAAUCUCAUUCUGA